CGGUCGAUAUAUUUACCUUAGUCGCGCCGCCUCACUCGUCCUUCGUUUCUGGCUCUCUCUUUCCCUUCUCAGUCGAACCCACACGACCAAUCUCUCUCUUCUCUUCAGCUGAUUCUUCGUGCGCCGCUGCCGCUGACCCCGUUCUCAGCCACUAAAGGAGAGAGCCGUACAUGGGAGACCUCACAAUUACCUCCAAUGAGGACCAAAAGGCCGCCAAGCUACCCAUCCCUGGAAAGCGAAACAUCCUGAUCACCAGUGCCUUGCCAUACGUCAACAAUGUCCCUCACCUUGGCAAUAUUAUUGGCUGCGUGUUGAGUGCCGAUGUCUUUGCCCGCUACUGCCAUCUUCGAGGCUACAAUGCGGUUUACAUAUGUGGAACUGAUGAGUACGGCACUGCGACAGAGACAAAAGCUAUGGAAGAGAAGUGUAGCCCCCAAGAGAUAUGUGACAAAUAUCAUGCAAUUCAUAGGGAGGUUUAUCAGUGGUUUAACAUAAGCUUUGAGAAAUUUGGGCGCACAUCGACACCACAACAAACAGAAGUGUGCCAAGCGAUUUUCAAGAAGCUAUUGGAGAAUGAUUGGCUUUCAGAGAACACAAUGCAGCAGCUUUACUGUGACACAUGCAAACGGUUCUUAGCCGAUAGGCUUGUGGAGGGGACAUGCCCAACUCAAGGCUGUGACUACGCUUCUGCACGAGGAGAUCAAUGUGAGAACUGUGGAAAGCUUUUGAAUCCGACGGAACUAAAAGAUCCUAAAUGCAAGGUCUGUAAGAGAACUCCACGGAUUCGUGAUACAAACCACAUGUUUUUGGAACUCCCUUUGCUUAGGGAUAAAUUGGAAGAGUACAUCAAUAACACAUCAGUGGCCGGGUCUUGGAGCCAGAAUGCCAUUCAAGCGACAAAUGCAUGGCUCAAAGAGGGGCUUAAACAACGAUGUAUUACCAGGGAUCUGAAGUGGGGUGUUCCAGUUCCACAUGAUAACUUCAAGGACAAGGUUUUCUAUGUGUGGUUUGAUGCUCCUAUUGGAUAUGUCUCCAUUACUAAAUGCUACACUGAUGAUUGGGAGAAAUGGUGGAAGAAUCCUGAGAAUGUGGAGUUGUAUCAGUUUAUGGGCAAAGAUAAUGUGCCAUUCCAUACAGUGAUGUUUCCGUCAACACUUCUUGGAACUGGUGAAAAUUGGACUUUGAUGAAGACUAUCAGUGUUACUGAGUACUUAAACUACGAAUCUGGAAAGUUUUCUAAGAGUAAAGGCAUAGGGGUUUUUGGAAAUGAUGCAAAAGAUACAAACAUUCCUGUUGAAGUAUGGAGAUAUUACUUGCUAACUAAUAGGCCUGAGGUAUCAGACACAUUAUUUACGUGGGCCGACUUGCAAGCAAAACUGAACAGCGAAUUGCUGAAUAAUUUGGGCAACUUUAUAAAUCGUGUUUUGAGUUUUGUUGCCAAACCUUCAGGUCAAGGAUAUGGCUCUAUUAUUCCAGAUGCUCCAAGUGCAGACUCAGAUCUCUUGACAGAGAAACUAGCUGAAAAAGUUGGUAAAUGUGUGGAGCAAUAUAUAGAAGCAAUGGAGAAGGUUAAACUAAAGCAAGGACUGAAAACAGCAAUGAGCAUUUCUAGUGAAGGGAAUGCAUAUCUGCAAGAAAGCCAGUUCUGGAAGCUUUACAAGGAGGACCAACCUCGUUGCGCUGUUGUUAUGAGAACUUCAGUCGGACUAGUGCAUCUUCUUGCUUGUUUGUUGGAACCUUUUAUGCCAUCAUUUUCUCUCGAAGUAUUUAAGCAGCUUAAUUUACCUCCUGAGACGCACAUAUCACUUUGUGAUGAUAAAGGAGAUAUUGAUAGGGCAAGACGGCCUUGGGAGAUUGUACCUGUUGGUCACAAGAUUGGGAAACCAGAGCCAUUGUUUAAGGAAUUGAAAGAUGAAGAAGUGGAAUCCUUAAGGAAGAAGUUUGCUGGAAGUCAAGCAGACAGGAAGGAGAGGGAAGAAGCUGAAGCAGUGAAGGUGGCUGCACAACUCAAGAAAAUGAAAGUUUCAGACAACAGCGGAAAGAAAAAGCAACAGGCCACAAAAUCAGCAGCUGAAGCAGAGAUUUCCAUUUCUAGACUUAGGACAAAAUCAGCAGCUGAAUUAGAGAUUUCCAUUUCUAGACUUGAUAUUCGUGUUGGCCUCAUUACGAAAGCUCAGAAGCACCCUGAUGCUGAUUCGCUUUACGUAGAAGAGAUUGAUGUUGGUGAAGGACAGACUAGAACAGUUGUGAGUGGACUUGUCAAGUAUAUACCCAUUGAAGAAAUGCAGAACCGGAAGGUCUGUGUUCUUUGUAAUCUGAAGCCAGCAACUAUGCGGGGUAUUAAAUCACAAGCAAUGGUUCUUGCUGCUUCGACCAGUGACCAUGCCACGGUUGAAUUGGUUGAUCCACCAAAAGCUGCUCAAGUUGGCGAGAGAGUUACAUUUCCAGGGUUCGUCGGUGAACCUGAUGAGGUGUUGAACCCCAAGAAGAAAGUGUGGGAGACCUUGCAAGUGGAUCUGCACACUAACACUGACCUAGUGGCCUGCUACAGAGAUAUUCCCCUCACAACAUCAGCUGGUGUUUGCACUGUAUCCUCAAUUUGUGGCGGGUCAAUUAGAUAGAAGAUAAUUUAUUCUCUAGAGGUUGAAAAGGAACUGAAACGAAACAGCCAAUUUUGGAUUUUUUUUGCUGUAAAAUGGUUAUUUGAAAAACAAUGACCAAUUUUUGCUCGCGGAUUGAGACCACUUUUGCUCCUCUUGUCAUUUGGGUGAAAAAGGGAAAAUGUCGUCUACUUCUACA